ACGUAGUUUUUCGGUUUUCCUGCUUGUUAGUUGUUUGUUUAUCGAUAGAAUUUGUCUAUAUAGUUCUUUAAACUCAUAUUGUUUAAAUAUAUUAUUAUAAUCUAACGACAAUCAUCAAGUGUACAUAAAAUGAAUAGUCGUACAAGGAAAAUGUUGAAUAUGGCCACAGAGCACCGAGUUCCAACUAAAAGUAGUGCAGACUAUGCAUAUGCAAAUCAUAAAGUUAUGGUAUUAGACCAAUAUUGUCUACAAAAUUUACCUCAAAACAACUCUAUAAUUGACCAAAUUAAUAUAUUAAAUGAAGUAGUACUACAACAGGAGAAGCAAAAUAUAUUAUUUGAAGUAGAACAAAAGAAGCAAAAUGAUGUAUUAUUACCUGCUUCAUAUUCCAUAAGAAAUGAGAAUAGUGUCAUCUGUCUUGAUAAUUCAUAUAGUUCUGGAAGUGACAAAUAUGAGUAUCAAAACUUAUCUCAAAAUAACUAUGUAGUUGACCAAAAUAUAUCGUAUGAUUUAGAACUGGAGAAUCAAAAUAUAUUAUUUGAAGUAGAACAAGAGAACCAAAAUGAUGUAUUAUUACAUGCUUCAUAUUCCAAAAGAAAUAAAAAUAGUGCCAUCGAUGAUGAUAAUUCAUAUUUUUCUGGAAGUGACAAAUAUGAGAAUCAAAAUUUACCUCAAAAUAACUAUGUAGUUAACCAAAAUAUAUCAUUUGAAGUAGAAGUGGAGAAUCAAAAUAUAUUGUUUGAAGUAGAACAGGAGAACCAAAAUGAUAAUAGUGCCAUCAAUGAUGAUAAUUCAUAUAUUUCUGGGAGUGACGAAUAUGAAAUUCAAUUCGGUAAUAACAAUAGAAAUGAGUAUAACAAUUUAACACAGAAUAGUAUCAUUGAUCACAUUUCUGAAAGUGAGGAUGAGGAUAAGUUGGGUAGUAGCAAUGAAAAUGAGCACAACGAUUUGACAAAAAAAGGGACAAAAAGGAAACGCAAUAAACAUGUGACCAGUGUCAGAGAACGAAAUCAAAUUAAAUUUCAGAAAAAAGUUGAGAAACACAAUUUGAAACCCCCCUGUAUUUCAUGUAAAAAAAAUUGUAUUACACUGAUACCUGAAAUGUUAAGACUUGAAAUUAAUAAACAGUUUUGGAGUGUGUCCAAAGAUGAACAAAGGAUGUAUGUAAUUAAUUCAGUUGAACGAAGAGAUGUUAAACGUAGAAGAGGACAUGAUGAAAUAAGAAAAAAAUGGUCUUUUUAUUAUACCCUUACAAAUUUGGAUGGCAUUAAAGUAUAUGUCUGUAAAUUAUUUUACCUUGCAACAUUGGGAUUUUCAUCAAAAAAUGAUUAUUUUAUUCAAAAUAUAUGCUCAAAUAUGACUGAAAAAAGUGCAAUUGUGUCUCCUUUAAAUAAAAUAACUAGAACUGCAUGGAACAAAUGUGAUUUAGAACCAAUAAAGGAACACAUUAACUCAUUCAACCCAACAGUGGCUCAUUAUAGGAGGGAACAUGCUCCUAAUAGGAAAUACUUGCCAAAUGAAAUCAAUGCCAUCUACAUGUAUUCUGAUUUUAAAGAAAAAAAUCCUGCUAUUAAAUUUUCAUACGAUGUCUAUAGAAGAACAUUAAGGGAAAUGAAUAUAUCUUUUACCAAACUAGGCCACGAGGAGUGUGAACUUUGUGAAUUAUUUGAUCAACAUGAUUCAACACACACAAAACAAACAUUAAAUGAACAGUAUAAUAUUUGUGAUGUUUGCAAAAAUUACACUUUGCACUUGGAAAAAUAUAUAAAUGCUCGGGCGAAGUAUGAGAGCCAUGCCGUUCAAAAAAAGAAAGAUGAUGAAAUCUAUGUAUCGGCUGACUUACAAAAAGUUAUUAUGUUACCUAGAAUGGAAAACUUUAAGGCAGCUAUUUUUACCAAAAGGGUCAUUGCUUUCAAUGAAAGUUUUGUACCGAUUGGCCCCAAAGGAUAUAUUAAGCCAUUAGCAAUAAUAUGGCACGAGGAUAUACAAGGAAGGAAACAAGAAGAUUUAACAAGUUGUUUCCAUGCAUUUUUUUUACAUUUCAAAGACAUGAAAAAAAUAACAAUUUGGCUGGAUAACUGUUCAGCUCAAAACAAAAAUUGGUGCUUUCUUACAUUCUUAGUUCAAAUAAUUAAUUCUCAAGAUAUCCAGGCUCUAGAAAUUAGUUUAUUUUAUUUCCAGCCCGGGCAUAGUUUUAUGUCUGCCGAUCAUUUUCAUCACCAGGUUGAGUUGGCUAUGAAAAAAAUGGGAAAAAUAUAUGAUUAUUCUGAUUUUGAACAAUGUAUCAAAUCAGCUAACAAAGGUUUUGUUGAUACCAAAGUUAUGAGAGUAGAAGAAUUUUUUGAUUUCAAAUCAGAAUGUUCAGUAUAUAAAUUAAACAAGAAAUUAGUUAGGCCUAUGUUAAAUGACAUAGUUCAUAUUAAAGCCGAAAGAGGAUUGGAUUACUUAAUGUAUUCCACUACCUAUGACGAUUAUUCACCACUUCAGCAACUUGAUUUUCUUAAGCAAUCCACCUUAAAAAAAGGCAUUGAACAACCACUACAGAAAGUAAGCCCAAGAGGAAUCCAUCCUUCAAAAAAACAAAGUAUUAUCCAAGUUCUAUUACCUUUAAUGCCACAAAAUCGGAGGAAGUUUUGGUUGGAUUUUCCUACUUCAGAAACAGCAAAUGACCUAUAUGAAGAAGGAGACUGAUUUAUAUUUAUUUCAAGAUUUAUUUAUUUUUGUUAAGUUUUAUAUACUGACAUAUAAGUGUUGAUUUAAUAUAAGAUUGUUAUUUUUAAAAAUUUUAAGUCCCUAUAUAUUU